GCCGGGUCCAGCAGGAGGCAGCGCGCACCUCCACACUCCGGACGCGCGCACCCAGAGCGCGCCGGCUCCCCAUCCCGCAGCCCCCAACCCGGUUUUACGAACCCGGGGGAGCCACACCGACUCGGGCGUGUUGUUUCCCCCCCUCCGCUGCUGUUGUUUUGGUUUGUUUUUGGAUGAUAAGAGGGGAUGGCUUCGUCCGUCGGUGGCGCAGAGGAGGGCGUCCGGGCGUCCGCGCUCACGCCCCUGAAGUUGGUGGGACUCGCGUGCGUCCUGCUCGCGCUGUGCCUGCACGUCGGGGCCAUGCUGAGCCCGGCGUGGGUCACGGCGGACGACCAGUACUACCUGUCCCUGUGGGAGUCCUGCUGGAAGCCCGUCAGCUCCGCGGAGUGGUCCUGCAGCGGCACGCUCAUCACGGACUGGCAGAUCGCCACGCUGGCCCUGCUGGUGGGGGGGGCAGCCCUCACCCUGCUCUCCUUCCUGGUGGCGCUGGUCUCCCUCUGCCUGGGCUCCAGGGGUCACUGCUACAAGCCGGUGGCCAUCAUGCUCUUCACGGCAGUUGUUCUUCAGGUGUGCAGCCUGGUCCUGUUCCCCAUCAAAUUCAUCGAAACCGUCAGCCUGCGGGUGUACCACGAGUUCAACUGGGGCUACGGGCUGGCCUGGGGAUCCACCAUCUUCUCGUUUGGAGGCGCUAUCCUCUACUGUCUGAACCCCAAGAACUAUGAAGAUUACUACUAA